AUGGCAACGACUCUGGCUAGAGGCUUCCUCCCUGUGCGUGGCACUGGAGCUCGUCACCGUGUCAAGCCUUGGCCUGUCUCUGCCCUCACUGGGAAGUUCCAUCGAUUGGAUCUCCCUCCUGAGUCUCCAGUUAAGCAGUUUGUGCUGUUUGUGGGCGACUCGCAUCUGCGUGCGUUGGUUGACCGUUACGUGAGGAUGCCAGACGGUUGCCUUUCGUUUGGGUUCCUGUCUACGCCUGGGGCGUCUGCUGCUGAGCUCCGCACUGAGUUGCUGAACGCAGACAUCCCCAGAACCCCCGACAUCGUUUGCUUGCUGGCUCCAAGCAACAACCUCACGGCGACGCCCGGCAUCGAAGCGGCUGGAGUUGCCUUCGAUGGACUUCUGAGAGCUGCCCGCAGUCGAUGGCCUAAGGUGUUUGUGCUCGAUUUCCCUCCCCGGCUGGCGAGUGAAUUGGCACCGCAACAAUUCCUUCGAGAGGAGUUUCGUCGCGUUGCAGCAAAGAACGGUAUGUGUGUAGAGUACUGCGUCACAGCUGACCGCUUUCCGCUUGACUCGCGUGCCUUGUGGAGUCGUGAUGGGAUCCACCUGAGUGACGAUCUGGGGAUGCCGCUUCUCGCGAAGCUUCUGUGGCACUUCUCCUUUCGGCAGCUACAGUCACCUCUGCCUGUUACACCUCCGCCUGUGUCUCCUCCCAAGUCACCCCCGACUGUGAGACCCUUUGCUACAACCGUGGUUGUGAAGGGAGAGGUUUCACGUCCACGUCCCCUUGACCCCUUCAAGGAAACUGUCGUCGGACGUCGCGGAAAGCGCAGCCAACCUGAGUCCUGGGAUGCGCCUGAGGACUGGGAUCAGUCUUCCGUGCGGAUCCUUCCUCAUGAGGUUUGUGUGCCUCCUCUGGUCCUGAGGGAGUGCUUUGUCGUGCUAAACCCUAUCCGGUUUAGCACUGACAAGUUGGCUGCAAUGGAUCGCAUUGUUCCAUCCAACCUUGACGUCCCCAUGUAUGCUACCAUGGGGAAUCGCUCAAAGAAACGGAAGGUGGCACAUGGAACCACGGCUGUGGUCUCCAAAGGAAAGAAGGCCCGCCUUGAGGCACUUCAAACUCCAGCAAGGAUUGCCAAACCUUCGAAGCUGGUACCUCCCCCUCGACCUGUGCCAGAAGCUGCUGUACCAGCCACUCUGGAGGGCAGCGUCUUUGUGCAUUCGAGCAAGUUUGCUCAACCGGAGGGGGAUGACAAGACUCUGUGUGUUGAUGAGUGGCCGUUUCUUCAAACAGAGUUUUGUGAGAAGGUGAACCAGCCAACUGCUCGGGUUGUCUCUGGACAGAGAAAACAAGAGGAGCCAACACCUUGGGGGCCAAAAGUUGUGAUGGCCCAGGCUGAUAAACCAACAGCCAAUGAGACCAGCUUCUUGGGAUGUUCAACCAAGAUGACACACAUUGAGGACCAUGAGCCGUUUGAACCAGCACCUGAGGUCACUGCGAGCAGUCAGCAGCAGAGCCCGCCUGAGGACAAUGGCCAGCUUGAAGAUCGUCAUGUAACACUUGGCAAUCAGAAGGUACUUAUUUUUAACAUGUUAUUCCCUGUUCCUUGUGAGUUUUCCUGCCAUUUAUUAGAUCUUGGAAAUUAGUUAAAGUAAUGUUAAUAUCAUGUACAAUCCCGUUUUCCCAUUAUACACAGCCAUGAACUACAGCUGAUUGAUUCCUAGCCUUUUUUAUGAAUUCCUUGUUAAUUUCGAUAUAAACUAUUGGUUACACUCCUUUUUGAUUGAACUAUUGUUGUGUUUUUAGGCACCCUGUGAUUUUGCACCUGCCAGAGCUGCUACAUCAAGUCAUGUGACUUAUGACAACCCUGGGUGUCUUCAAGGAUCGUUUGACCAGAGCAGCCACAUAUUCGGGGAAAAUGCAGGUAAGCAGUGUGCUACAAAUAGCAUA